ACAGGAGUUCCGACGGGGCUUUUUUUUUCGCCGCAGGUCCGCGGAGGAGGGAGCAGCCGCUCGCGCCGCCAACUCCAGCCGGGGCUCCCCUCGCCCGGAUAACUCCCCCGCCCACGCGCCAGAGAGGCAAGGAAGCCGAGCUCGACCCGGCGGCGACCAGCUCUCCACGGAGCAUGUCGGAAUCCAGAGCCCAGAGCGCGGCGGCGGACAAGGAGUCCUCCAACCUGGUGGCCCAGCUGUUUGGGGGGCUACGGUGGGGUCGCCUGGAGGAGCCCCUGGGAUUCAUUAAGGUGCUGGAGUGGCUCUUUGCCAUUUUUGCCUUUGGAGCCUGUGGUUCUUUCAGUGCAGAAACAGGGGCUACUGUGAAAUGCACCAAGCCUCCCAAGGAGACAACUGCUAUUACUGUGCAGUUUGGAUAUCCUUUCAGGUUGUAUAAAAUCCCAUUUGAUAUGCCAGAUUGUAUCGAAGGAUCAACUUCUAAAAGAAUGCUGCAUCUCAUGGGAGACUUUUCUGCACCAGCUGAAUUCUUCGUGACCUUGGGGGUUUUUACUUUUCUAUAUACUAUGGCAGCUCUUGCAGUAUAUCUACGAUUUCACUCCCUCUAUAAGGAAAAUAAGAAGCUACCUUUUGCGGACUUCUGUGUGUCUGUCUCAUUUACCUUCUUUUGGCUGGUGGCAUUUUCAGCUUGGGGCAAAGGUCUAUCAGAUGUGAAAGGAGCUACACGGCCUUCCAGCCUUAUUGCAGCCAUGUCAGUAUGUCAAUUCAAAAAUGCAGUGUGCAAUGCUGGGGCCACUCCUUCUAUGGGUUUGGCCAACAUCUCUGUGCUGUUUGGUUUUGUCAACUUUAUACUUUGGGCUGGAAAUUGCUGGUUUGUUUUUAAAGAAACCCCUUGGCAUGCACAGACCAGCAACAAGGAAAGUUCUGCUGAACAAGGGGCUGUUGAUAAGCAAUAAGGAAA